AUGGGAAGCUUCAACUUACGGAAGCCACAAUAUGACCAGCCAGCGCCCGUCUUCCGCCGGAAAACCAAGUGGGAGCUAGCGGCAGAGGGGGAGCUACCGGAAGAGGAUGAUAUCAGCUCACGCUCUUCCACAUUGGAUGGCGAGGAGGAGUACAUGGACCUCAAGCCAGUACCAAGCAUGCUCCCAAGGAAAGAUCUGCGAAACGAGGAACCACGAGCACCCAACCCUGCACCACACAUUCCUGGACCUCUCGAAUCUCAACUAGCCGCGUUAAUGUCUAAACUUAUCUACAUGGAACAGUCAAAUCCCGCCGUCUCCGUUAGUCCGGAAGAGUUCAAGGAUAUGCAGAAGCGUUUGAAGGCUUUGGAAGAGGAGAAGAAGACUUGGACGAAACGACACGAAGCGAUCUGGGCUUUGAGGGACGAGGAUGUGGAGAACAACAUCAAGAUUCGAGGAAUGCUCGCCAAAGCUCGACGCGAACUCGAGGGCAUGACAAAACUACGCGACGAAGACCUGAACAAUGUUCUCAUUGUAAGAGCCAAGCUAGCAGAGAAGACAAGAGAGCUUGAGCGUCUGCAAGCACAGGGCGGCCGAACCAGCCCCAGCCGAGGACGACCAGCCAGCUACCUUGAGCGCCGUGGCACAUCCGAUCUUUUCGUCGCAGCCAAGACCGCUGCAUUGGAGCAACGCGCGCUUGAACUUGAGAAGCGCAACUCCGACCUUGUCUCCCAAGUCUGAGACACUGAAGGGAGGCGCAAACAUAGAAGAUUUGAAUCGUCUCACGGCGCACCAAGCCUGGAGAACCACAGUCUCCGAUCUGGAGAACAAGCUGAAGGCCAAAGACGCAGAAAUAGCACGAGCACGAUCUGGGUCAAUGUCAACAGGCAGCGGAAACAGCAUGGACUGGUACCGUGUAGAGGCUUUACUCGAAGAACACGCAAACUACCGGGAAUCAGUCGGCGGAAAGCUCCAAGCACUCCGAUCAGACAAGGAAUUCUUGCAAAAGGAGUUGCAUCGCAAGGAGAACGACUACCAAGCCCUCGAGCUGAGGUUACAGACCUUACAGAGAAGGACUACUGUUCUUUGAGCGAAGCCACAGGGACCUGGUCGCAAGGUGGUGCGCCUGACGGGGGCGUACGGUUAUUUCUUAGUUUGGAUAUCUCUGGGAGAUGUCAACGGCCUAUCUGCAGCCUAAUAGCGUAUACCACGAUAGAAUCUAUCACUUUUCUUCUGUUC